CAGACUCCCAGUGAGAACAGAACAGGAAGAAACGCCACUAGUGACCGACGAGACCUGAGCAGAGCAGAGCAAGGGAGGCGGCGGCCAUGGCCAUGGCACUCGCCCUCGCCGUCUUCACCCUGGCCUCCCUGCUCCUCUUCGCCGCCGCCGCGCCCGCUCUGGCUCAAACCCCGUCAUGCCCCGAUGGCUGGCAGAUCACUCCGGACAAUGCCAAAUGCUUCAGGCACAUACCGAACUCCCUUUCAUGGGACGGAUCCGAAGCCCUCUGCCGCAACUUCAGCGCCCACCUGGCCACGCUUUCGUCAGCUCAGGACCUAAACUUUGCAAAGUCUCUCUGUGGAGCCGGCUCCUCCUCGGGGUGCUGGGUUGGAGGGCGUCGCUACAACACCAGCAGUGUCGCGGGCUGGAAAUGGUCUGAUGGCUCGUCUUCUUGGAACGAAGCCGUCUUUCCUGGCGAGCCGUCGCGUGCCAACUGCAGCGGUGCUCGGUGCGGUCAGGCCACCAGCGGCGAUAUGUGCGCUUUGGUGACCAGUAAGCAUGCCGCGCUUGCUGGGAAGAAGUGUGGUGAGUCCCAUGGACUGAUCUGCAUGAUCAAUCAUGAGGAUAGAUGCUACCACGAUCAUUGCCACAAGGAGUAUUUCAUAGUCCUCAUUGUUGUGAGUGGCUUGAUCCUCUCAACCACUCUAGCUGUUGUGGUCUGGCUGCUUGUCUUCAGGCGAAGCAAGAAAAGGAAAAGAUCGCGUGAAGCUUCCGGCACGUCAGCCACCGCAUUAGUGCCACCGCUUUGGAAAGUGUUCACCAGUGAAGAACUUCGAUCAAUCACAAAGAACUUCAGUGAGGGAAACCGGCUUCCUGGAAAUGCAAAGACGGGUGGUACCUACAGUGGGAUCUUGCCAGAUGGAUCCAAAUUGGCAAUUAAGAGAUUAAAGAGAUCCAGCCUACAGAGGAAGAAGGAUUUCUACUCUGAGAUUAGUAGAGUCGCAAAGCUUUAUCACCUUAAUUUAGUGGCUGUAAAAGGGUGUUGUUAUGAUCAUGGUGAUCGCUUUAUUGUCUAUGAGUUUGUCGCCAAUGGGCCGUUGGACGUGUGGCUGCAUCAUAUUCCCAGAGGAGGGAGGAGCCUUGAUUGGGCAACAAGAAUGAGAGUUGCAACAACCCUUGCUCAGGGGAUUGCGUUUUUGCAUGACAAGGUGAAGCCCCAGGUAGUCCACCGUGAUAUCCGUGCAUGCAAUGUGCUUCUUGAUGAGGAAUUCUGCUCCCAUCUGAUGGGAGUUGGGCUGUCCAAGUUUGUGCCGUGGGAAGUAAUGCACGAGAGGACUGUCAAGGCCGCCACAUAUGGAUACCUUGCUCCUGAGUUCAUCUACAGGAAUGAGCUGACAACAAAGAGCGAUGUUUACAGCUUUGGCGUGCUGCUUCUAGAAAUCAUCAGCGGUCGUCGACCAGCACAGUCUGUUGAAUCUGUUGGAUGGCAGACCAUAUUUGAAUGGGCUACGCCUCUAGUCCAAUCACACCGGCAUCUAGAGCUACUAGACCCGCUCAUCAAUGACUUGCCAGAGAUAGGGGUGAUCCAGAAAGUGGUCGACCUUGUCUACGCCUGCACCCAGCAUGUCCCCUCGGUGCGGCCAAGGAUGUCCCAUGUCGUCCAUCAACUACAGCAGCUUGAGCUGAAGUCAGCAGCAUCUGAGCAACUGAGAAGCGGGACCAGCACCAGUGCGACAUCUCCAAUGCUACCACUGGAGGUACGAACACCUUGUUGAAACCAUCCGCCAUCAGAAGUCAAGAACCACUGCUGUUCUUCUCAUCAUCAGCUUUUAAGUAGGACAUUCCUUGAAGCACGGAGUGACCCAAAGAGCCUCAUGUGACUGUAAGCGCGACGGUUCCUUCUGCGCAAGUACUUAGGGAGAGAAUUAGAUUCCUGGAGGCCUAAGCUUUGUAGUACCGUUAGAAGUUCUUGACAUCGUUGUCACUAGCCAUUUGUACCUCAGCUAAUUUCUACUUUAGAUCUCGAUAUGUCAGUUUACUGAGCAACAUUGUUCAAUGUCUGUACUAUGCCAAAGCUGCUUAUCUAUGUGUUACCUGAAUGCUGAUCUUCAUAUUUAUAGUUGAGAACAAGGUUGUGUU